GCCAGUCACCAAGAAGCGGCCUGUGCCAAUCAUACCCUACUUCCGGCCUGUGAGUUCCACCUCACUUCCGGCCUGUGUGUGUUCCUCCCAGUGUCCGUCGAGUUAAGACCUCUGAGGAUGGAAAAGGACAGACGUCACAUGUCUGAGAGGAUACUAAAUCUCACCAUGGAGAUCAUCUACGUGCUGACUGGGGAGGAUUACACCGUAGUGAAGAAGAUAUCUAUUGAGUGUGAUACACCCAGCAGUCAUCCCCAUGUGUCAGGAGGACUGAACAGGACCAAGAGCCCCAUCACGGUGCCUCCACCUCACUCACUGAUACAUGAGAGGCACAAUGACCAGAAGAUCCUGGAACUCGCCAACAAGAUCAUUCAGCUGCUGACUGGAGAGGAGGAGGAGUAUAUAGAGGAACACAUGGGUCUGUACAAGGACGUGAUGAUGGAGAAUCACCGGCCCCUCACAUCACUGGAUGGGCCCAGUAACAGAGAUACUCCAGAGAGAUGUCCCCGUCCUCUGUAUUCCCAGGACUGUACAGAGGAGAAUCACAGGAUCCCACAGGAGGAUCAGGGUGAAGAUCUUACAAAUAUAAAGGGAGAAGAAGAGACGUAUGUGGCUGAUAUGAAGACAGAAGAUAUAGAGGGAGAAGAGACGUAUGUGACUGAUAUGAAGGCAGAAGAUAUAGAGCGAGAAGAAGAGACGUAUGUGACUGGUAUGAAGGCAGAAGAUAUAGAGGGAGAAGAAGAGACGUAUGUGACUGAUAUGAGGGCAGAAGUUAUAGAGGGAGAAGAUGAGACGUAUGUGACUUAUAUGAAGGCAGAAGAUAUAGAGGGAGAAGAACAGACGUAUGUGACUGAUAGGAAAACAGAAGAUACAGAGGGAGAAGAAGAGACGUAUGUGACUGGUAUGAAGGCAGAAGAUAUAGACGGAAAAGAAGAGACAUAUGUGAGGGGUGAUCAGCAGUGUAAGGAGGAGAAAAUACCAACAUAUAUCAGCACAGAUGGAUAUAACAGAAGAAAUAUAUUGGCUGAACAUCCCAUUGUAUCGCCAGAUUGUGAAAUUGAAGCUAAAGACAUCAUGCGAGAUUCUCUGGAAAACCCUGUGAUCCCAAUUAUACAUCCAGUACCUCACAGUUCAGAUAUAUCAUCUGUUACCUCUAAUCAUGAGGAAUGUUCACCUGAUACCUCAGAUAUUGGUCCAUCUAUCACAUCUCUUAGACUAGAUAGAACAUUUCCCAGUACAGUACAGGACAAAUGUUUUACACAGAACACAAAGUUUAUUACCCAUCAGCCACCUGAGACAGGCAAGAGGCCAUUUCCAUGCUCUGAGUGUGGGAAAUGUUUUACAUACAAAUCAGAAUUUAUUAGACAUCAGAGAAGUCACACAGGUGACUCUGAGUGUGGGAAAUAUUUUGCACGCAAAUCAACUCUUGUUAAUCAUUAUAGAAGUCACACAGGUGAGAGUCCAUUCCGAUGCUCUGAGUGUACAAAAUGUUUUACUUACAAAUCACAGCUUGUUAUACAUGAGAGAAGUCACACAGGCGAGAAGCCAUUUCCGUGCUCUGAGUGUAGAAAAUGUUUCAAACGCAAAUCACAGCUUGUUGAACAUUUGAGUAGUCACACAGGAGAGAAGCCAUUUCCAUGCUCUGAGUGUAGAAAAUGUUUCAAAUACAAAUCACAUCUUGUUACACAUCAGAGAAGUCACACAGGUGAGAAACCAUUUCGAUGCUUUGAGUGUGGGAAAUGUUUUAUACUCAAAUUAGGUCUUGUUAGACAUGAAAGAACUCACACAGGUGAAAAGCCAUUUUCAUGCUCUGAGUGUGGGAAAUGUUUUACACGCAAAUCAUGUCUUGCUGUGCACGAGAGAAGUCACACAGGUGAAAAUCUAUUUCCAUGCUCUGAGUGUGGGAAAUGUUUUACAUGCAAAUCAUAUCUUGUUGUGCAUGAAAGAAGUCACACAGGUGAGAAGCCAUUUCCAUGUUCUGAGUGUGGGAAAUGUUUUACUCGCAAAUCACAGCUUGUUAUACAUCAGAAAAGUCACACAGGUGAGAAACCAUUUCGAUGCUCUGAGUGUGGGAAAUGUUUUAUAUUCAAAUUAGAUUUUGUGAGACAUGAGAGAACUCACACAGGUGAAAAGCCAUUUUCCUGCUCUGAGUGUGGGAAAUGUUAUACACGCAAAUCAUAUCUUGUUGUACAUGAAAGAAGUCACACAGGUGAGAAGCCAUUUCCAUGUUCUGAGUGUGGACAAUGUUUUACUCGCAAAUCACAGCUUGUUAUACAUCAGAAAAGUCACACAGGUGAGAAACCAUUUCGAUGCUCUGAGUGUGGGAAAUGUUUUAUAUUCAAAUUAGAUUUUGUUAGACAUGAGAGAACUCACACAGGUGAAAAGCUGUUUCCAUGCUCUGAGUGUGGGAAAUGUUUUACACGCAAAUCAUAUCUUGUUGUGCAUGAGAGAAGUCACACAGGUGAGAUACCAUUUCCAUGCUCUGACUGUGGGAAAUGUUUUACACAUAAAUCAAAUCUUGUUAAACAUCAAAGAAUUCACAAGUGAGAUUUCCAUUUUAUGAAUGUUGAAAAUGUUUUCUAUACAAAUCACAGCUUGUUGAACAUCAGAGAAGUCACACAGGUGAGAGGACAUUUCCAUGCUAUGAGUGUGGGAAAUGUUUUGCACACAAAUUCACUCAAUAUUUUUAGAAAGGAUAUUUCUAGAGUUGGUUUUGACAUAAAAGAACAUCAGCAAAUUCAUCCUGAUUAAUAGAGGAUGGAAAAAUAUUUGUUUCAUAUGUAUAAAAAGGCAAACCCCAUUGACCUAAUUUAAAAUGUCUAAAUAUAUUUGAGAUAUAUACAAAGAUUUAACAAGCACAUCACACUGCUCAUGUACAAUUGUACCAUUAUUUUUAUGAUUGCAUUGUUUUCUUGUUUCAAUAUUUUUAUUAAUACUUUACAAACAAUAUAGUACAGGCAAUUUGUUCCAUGUUACUGGCGCUGUGCAAACUCUACGUAGAUAUAGAAAAAAAGGAUGAGACUUUGUAUCAAACAUUAAUAAUCAAAGUGUAACUUUCAUUAUUAUAAAAUAAAAAAAAUAAAAAGUCUCAAUAAAGUGGAGAUGAAAUAAC